AUGUUCUUGCUCUGUUCAUUUUCGGAUGCACCAUUUCAUAUCUGUGUUGCUGCACCAUUCCAUUCAGUCCAUGCUCUGUUCAUUCUUGGUUCCACCAUUCCAUACUUGGGUGGCUGCAUCAUUCCAUUGUUCUUGCUCGGUUGCCCUAUUCUUUCUUGGCUGUAUCAUACCAUAUCAGAGUUGCUGUACAAUUCCAUACUGUCCAUUCUCUUGCAGUCCAUCUUGUUCUUGCAAUGUUGCUCUAAAUAUUCUUGGCUGCACCAGUCCGUAUCUCCAUUGCUGCACCAUUCCAGUAUGUCCAGUCUCUGUUGCUGCUCCAUACCAUUGUGUUGUUGCUCUAUUCAUCCUUGGACAAUGAAUUCCAUUCUGUCUAUGCUGUGUAGCUGCUGCUGUCCAUUGUGUUCUUGCUGUGUUGCUCUAGUGACUUUGGGCUGUACCAUUCAAUAUCUGGGUUGCUGCUCCAUCCUAGACUUGCUCUGUUACUCCAUUCCAAUCUUUGGCGAAUCAUUUCAUCAUAUCUGGGUUGCUGCUACAUUCCAUCAUGCUACUGUACUACUUAUUUCUGGCGUGCACCACUUCAUCACACUUUUGUUUGCAGCUUCAUUGUCCAUGUCCCUGCAAAAUCUAAGAAGAUUUGAACUUACCAUUCUUGUCCUUGUACACCAUACCAAGCCGGUCACUUCAUUCAUAAUAACCAGUUUUCUGCUUCAUUGCUUUUUAUCAUUGCUGUUUGUUCCAUUCAUUUCGGGCUGCAACUUUUCAGUACAUCGGAACUGCUGCUUAGUUUCACCAUACUGUAUUGCUGAUCCAUUGCAUUGUGUCCUUGCUCUAUUGCGCUAUUCUUUCUUGGUUGCACCAUUCCGAUCAUGCUCUGUUGCUGAUCCAAUCCAUUGUGCUCUUGUCGUGUUUCUCUAUUCCAUUCUUGGUUGCACCAUUCCAUAUCUUUAUUGCUGUAGCAUUCCAUUCUGUCCAUCCUCUGUUGCUGCUCAAUUCCCUUGUGUAGUUGCUGUAUCCUUUCUUGGCUGCACCAUUACAUUAUGUUCUUGCUGCACCAUCCCAUUCAGUCCAUGUUCUGUUCCUUCUUGUCUUCACCAUUCCAUAUCUGGGUUGCUGCUCUAUACCAUUAUGUUCUUGCUGUGUUCUGUUCAUUUCACGCCGGACCAUUCCACUGUGUUCUUGCUCUUUCCUGCUCGGUUGCCCUAUUCUUUCUUGGCUGCACCAUACCAUAUCAGGGUUGCUGCUCCAUUCCAUUAUGUUCUUGCUCUGUUCUAUUCAUUUCUCGCUGCACCAUUCCACAUCUGGGCUGCUGUACCAUUCCAUUCAGUCCAUGCUCUGUUUAUUCUUUGCUCUGCCAUUCCAUAUUUGUGUUGCUGCAUCAUUCCAUUAAGUUCUUGCUCGGUUGCCCUAUUCUUUCUUGGCGGUAUCAUACCAUAUCAGGGUUGCUGUACUAUUCCUUACUGUCCAUUCUGUUGCAAUCCAUCGUGUUGUUGCACUGUUGCUCUAUAUAUUCUUGGCUGCACCAUUCCAACUUGCUCUGUUACUCCAUUCCAAUCUUUGGCGAAUCAUUUCAUCAUAUCUGGGUUGCUGCUACAUUCCAUCAUGCUACUGUACUACUUAUUUCUGCGUGCACCACUUCAUCACACUUUGGUUGCAGCUUCAUUGUCCAUGUCCCUGCAAAAUCUAAGAAGAUUUGUACUUACCAUUCUUGUCCUUGUACACCAUACGAAGCCGGUCACUUCAUUCAUAAUAACCAGUUUUCUGCUCCAUUGCCUUUUAUCAUUGCUGUUUGUUCCAUUCAGUUCGGGCUGCAACUUUUCAGUACAUCGGAACUGCUGCUUAGUUUCACCAUACUGUAUUGCUGAUCCAUUCCAUUGUGUCCUUGCUCUAUUGCGCUAUUCUUUCCUGGUUGCACCAUUCCGAUCAUGCUCUGUUGCUGAUCCAAUCCAUUGUGCUCUUGUUGUGUUUCUCUAUUCCAUUCUUGGUUGCACCAUUCCAUAUCUUGAUUGCUGUAGCAUUCCAUUCUGUCCAUCCUCUGUUGCUGCUCAAUUCCCUUGUGUAGUUGCUGUAUCCUUUCUUGGCUGCACCAUUACAUUAUGUUCUUGCUGCACCAUCCCAUUCAGUCCAUGUUCUGUUCCUUCUUGUCUUCACCAUUCCAUAUCUGGGUUGCUGCUCCAUAUCAUUAUGUUCUUGCUCUACCAUGCUCUGUUCAUUCUUGUCUUCACCAUUACGUAUCUGGGUUGCUGCUCCAUACCAUUAUGUUCUUGCUCUGUUCAUUUUCGGAUGCACCAUUUCGUAACUGGGUUGCUGCAUCAUUCCACACUGAGGUUGCUGCAUUCCAUUAAGUUCCUGCUCGGUUGCCCUAUUCUUUCUUGGCUGCACCAUACCAUAACAGGGUUGCUGCACCAUACCAUAACUGGGUUGCUGCACCAUUCCAUAUUUGUGUUGCUGCAUUAUUCCAUUAAGUUCUUGCUCGGUUGCGCUAUUCUUUCUUGGCUGUAUCAUACAAUAUCAGGGUUGCUGUACUAUUCCUCACUGUCCAUUCUCUUGCAGUCCAUCGUGUUGUUGCACCGUUGCUCUAAAUAUUCUUGGCUGCACCAUUCCAUAUCUUCAUUGCUGCACCAUUCCAGUAUGUCCAGUCUCUGUUGCUGCUCCAUACCAUUGUGUUGUUACACCAAGCCGGUCACUUCAUUCAUAAUAACCAGUUUUCUGCUCCAUUGCCUUUUAUCAUUGCUGUUUGUUCCAUUCAUUUCGGGCUGCACCUUUUCAGUACAUCGGAACUGCUGCUUAGUUUCACCAUACUGUAUUGCUGAUCCAUUCCAUUGUGUCCUUGCUCUAUUGCGCUAUUCUUUCUUGGUUGCACCAUUCCGAUCAUGCUCUGUUGCUGAUCCAAUCCAUUGUGCUCUUGUCGUGUUUCUCUAUUCCAUUCUUGGUUGCACCAUUCCAUAUGUUGAUUGCUGUAGCAUUCCAUUCUGUCCAUCCUCUGUUGCUGCUCAAUUCCCUUGUGUAGUUGCUGUAUCCAUUCUUGGCUGCACCAUUACAUUAUGUUCUUGCUGCACCAUCCCAUUCAGUCCAUGUUCUGUUCCUUCUUGUCUUCACCAUUCCAUAUCUGGGUUGCUGCUCCAUAUCAUUAUGUUCUUGCUGUGUUCUUACCAUUUCAUAACUGGGUUCCUGCACCAUUCCACACUGAGGUUGCUGCUGCAUUACAUUAAGUUCCUGCUCAGUUGCCCUAUUCUUUCUUGGCUGCACCAUACCAUAUCAGGGUUGCUGCUCCAUUCCAUUAUGUUCUUGCUCUGUUGUAUUCAUUUCUCUCUGCACCAUUACACAUCUGGGCUGCUGUACCAUUCCAUUCAGUCCAUGCUCUGCUCAUUCUUUGCUCUGCCAUUCCAUAUUUGUGUUGCUGCAUCAUUCCAUAAAGUUCUUGCUGGGUUGCCCUAUUCUUUCUUGAGUUCACCACAUCACAACUGGGUUGCUGCUCCAUUCCAUUAUGUUCUUGCUCUGUUGUAUUCAUUUCUCUCUGCACCAUUCCACAUCUGGGCUGCUGUACCAUUCCAUUCAGUCCAUGCUCUGUUUAUUCUUUGCUCUGCCAUUCCAUAUUUGUGUUGCUGCAUCAUUCCAUUAAGUUCUUGCUCGGUUGCCCUAUUCUUUCUUGGCUGUAUCAUACAAUAUCAGGGUUGCUGUACUAUUCCUUACUGUCCAUUCGCUUGCAGUCCAUCGUGUUGUUGCACUGUUGCUCUAAAUAUUCUUGGCUGCACCAUUCCAUAUCUUCAUUGCUGCACCAUUCCAUUUCACCAUACUAUAUUGCUGAUCCAUUCCAUUGUGUCUUUUGCUCUAUUGCACUAUUCUUUCUUGGCUGCACCAUUCCGAUCAUGCUCUGUUGGUGAUCCCAUCCAUUGUGCUCUUGUCGUGUUUCUCUAUCCCAUUCUUGGCUGCACCAUUCCAUAUCUUGAUUGCUGUAGCAUUCCAUUUUGUCCAUCCUCUGUUGCUGCUCGUUUCCCUUGUGUAGUUGCUGUAUCCAUUCUUGGCUGCACCAUCCCAUUCAGUCCAUGCUCUGUUCCUUCUUGUCUUCACCAUUCCAUAUCUGGGUUGAUACUCCAUACAAUUAUGUUCUUGCUGUGUUCUGUUCAUUUCACGCCGGACCAUUCCACUGUGUUCUUGCUGUGUUCUGUUCAUUUUCGGAUGCACCAUUUCAUAACUGGGUUGCUGCAUCAUUCCACACUGAGGUUGCUGCUGCAUUCCAUUAAGUUCCUGCUCGGUUGCCCUAUUCUUUCUUGGCUGCACCAUACCAUAACUGGGUUGCCACACCAUUCCAUAUUUCUGUUGCUGCAUCAUUCCAUUAAGUUCUUGCUCGUACAUCGGAACUGCUGCUUAGUUUCACCAUACUGUAUUGCUGAUCCAUUCCAUUGUGUCCUUGCUCUAUUGCACUAUUCUUUCUUGGCUGCACCGUUCCGAUCAUGCCCUGUUGCUGAUCCAAUCCAUUGUGCUCUUGUCGUGUUUCUCUAUUCCAUUCUUGGUUGCACCAUUCCAUAUCUUGAUUGCUGUAGCAUUCCAUUCUGUCCAUCCCCUGUUGCUGCUCAAUUCCCUUGUGUAGUUGCUGUAUCCAUUCUUGGCUGCACCAUCCCAUUCAGUCCAUGCUCUGUUCCUUCUUGUCUUCACCAUUACAUAUCUGGGUUGCUGCUCCAUACCAUUAUGUUCUUGCUGUGUUCUGUUCAUUUCACGCCGGACCAUUCCACUGUGUUCUUGCUCUUACAUCGGAACUGCUGCUUAGUUUCACCAUACUGUAUUGCUGAUCCAUUCCAUUGUGUCCUUGCUCUAUUGCACUAUUCUUUCUUGGCUGCACCGUUCCGAUCAUGCCCUGUUGCUGAUCCAAUCCAUUGUGCUCUUGUCGUGUUUCUCUAUUCCAUUCUUGGUUGCACCAUUCCAUAUCUUGAUUGCUGUAGCAUUCCAUUCUGUCCAUCCCCUGUUGCUGCUCAAUUCCCUUGUGUAGUUGCUGUAUCCAUUCUUGGCUGCACCAUUACAUUAUGUUCUUGCUGCACCAUCCCAUUCAGUACAUGCUCUGUUCCUUCUUGUCUUCACCAUUACAUAUCUGGGUUGCUGCUCCAUACCAUUAUGUUCUUGCUGUGUUCUGUUCAUUUCACGCCGGACCAUUCCAGUGUGUUCUUGCUCUGUUCAUUUUCGGAUGUACCAUACCAUAACUGGGUUGCUGCACCAUUCCAUUCAGUCCACGCUCUGUUCAUUCUAUGCUCUGCCAUUCCAUAUUUGUGUUGCUGCAUCAUUCCAUUAAGUUCUUGCUCGGUUCCGCUAUUCUUUCUUGGCUGUAUCAUACAAUAUCAGGGUUGCUGUACUAUUCCUCACUGUCCAUUCUCUUGCAGUCCAUCAUGUUGUUGCACUGUUGCUCUAUAUAUUCUUGGCUGUACCAUUCCAUUUCACCAUACUGUAUUGGUGAUCCAUUCCAUUGUGUCCUUGCUCUAUUCUUUCUUGGCUGCACCAUUCCGAUCAUGCUCUGUUGCUGAUCCAAUCCAUUGUGCUCUUGUCGUGUUUCUCUAUUCAAUUCUUGGCUGCACCAUUCCAUAUCUUGAUUGCUGUAGCAUUCCAUUCUGUCCAUCCUCUGUUGCUGCUCGUUUCCCUUGUGUAGUUGCUGUAUCCAUUCUUGGCUGCACCAUUACAUUAUGUUCUUGCUGCACCAUCCCAUUCAGUACAUGCUCUGUUCCUUCUUGUCUUCACCAUUACAUAUCUGGGUUGCUGCUCCAUACCAUUAUGUUCUUGCUGUGUUCUGUUCAUUUCACGCCGGACCAUUCCAGUGUGUUCUUGCUCUGUUCAUUUUCGGAUGUACCAUACCAUAACUGGGUUGCUGCACCAUUCCAUUCAGUCCACGCUCUGUUCAUUCUAUGCUCUGCCAUUCCAUAUUUGUGUUGCUGCAUCAUUCCAUUAAGUUCUUGCUCGGUUCCGCUAUUCUUUCUUGGCUUACAUCGGAACUGCUGCUUAGUUUCACCAUACUGUAUUGCUGAUCCAUUCCAUUGUGUCCUUGCUCUAUUGCACUAUUCUUUCUUGGCUGCACCGUUCCGAUCAUGCCCUGUUGCUGAUCCAAUCCAUUGUGCUCUUGUCGUGUUUCUCUAUUCCAUUCUUGGCUGCACCAUUCCCUAUCUUGAUUGCUGUAGCAUUCCAUUCUGUCCAUCCUCUGUUGCUGCUCGUUUCCCUUGUGUAGUUGCUGUAUCCAUUCUUGGCUGCACCAUCCCAUUCAGUCCAUGCUCUGUUCCUUCUUGUCUUCACCAUUCCAUAACUGUUUCACCAUACUGUAUUGCUGAUCCAUUCCAUUGUGUCCUUGCUCUAUUGCGCUAUUCUUUCUUGGUUGCACCAUUCCGAUCAUGCUCUGUUGCUGAUCCAAUCCAUUGUGCUCUUGUCGUGUUUCUCUAUUCCAUUCUUGGCUGCACCAUUCCCUAUCUUGAUUGCUGUAGCAUUCCAUUCUGUCCAUCCUCUGUUGCUGCUCGUUUCCCUUGUGUAGUUGCUGUAUCCAUUCUUGGCUGCACCAUCCCAUUCAGUCCAUGCUCUGUUCCUUCUUGUCUUCACCAUUCCAUAUCUGGGUUGCUGCAUCAUUCCACACUGAGGUUGCUGCUGCAUUCCAUUAAGUUCCUGCUCGGUUGCCCUAUUCUUUCUUGGCUGCACCAUACCAUAACUGGGUUGCUGCACCAUACCAUAACUGGGUUGCUGCACCAUUCCAUUCAGUCCAUGCUCUGUUCAUUCUUUGCUCUGCCAUUCCAUAUUUGUGUUGUUGCAUCAUUCCAUUAA